GCACCCACACUGAAUAUCGGAGUAGGUGGAGGAGGUGGAGGGAGUUCAGUGGGUGAAGGAGGAGGUUCGAACCUGUGGGGAGAGGAAGAGACAGAGCUGAUCCGGUCGUGUGCUGCCCUCAGCACUGCCCUAGGGGUACAGAAGAGCUUCAGCACCUCUGAUAUCAGUGGUGUGGGUGUUACUUCUGAAGGUGAACUGUCUCGUACCUGGGUCAGUGAAGUUCGUCAGAACUACCUGAAGCGGAGAUUGGUGACUACUUACAAGGCUCUACAACGGUUCUCACAGUCUGAGGUUGACCUUGAUGCUGGAGGAGCAGCCACUGCAGGGGUCAAGAUCGACAGUGGUGGAGUGACACUGGUGGUUCCACCACGACAGCAGGCAGCACAGGAUGUGUUCCGAAUUAUCAAGAAGGAAGUUGAGCUGCCUGUCACAGCUCCUGCAAGCACCCAUGUAGCAGCGUCCGCCACCCACAACAAGAACCUUAGUCUCACUGCAAGGGAUGUGGAACGUGAUAGGGGUCGUCCGCUCACUAAGUAUGAGAGGAACAUGAUGAUCUUCAACUGGCUCCAGACACUGGAGGAAACAGCAUAUGACAUUAUGUCGUGAAGGAGGAGGAAGAGGGGGUGGGGUGAGGUACAGCAGCAAGAGGAGGAAGAAGAGGAGGCAACAUCCGAUAUGAUGAACUAAUGAUUCUCAUGUCUGGAUUUGGAUGAUCUUCAGCUGGCUUCAGACACUGGAGGAAACAGCAUAUGAUAUCAUGUCAUGAAGGAGGAGGAAGAUGGGGUGGGGUGAAGUGCAGCAGCAAGAGGAGGCAGCAUUUGAUAUGAUGAACUGAUGAUGCUCAAGUCCAGAUUCAUUAUGCCAAGAAUGCAAAUUGAACAGGUUCAUUAGGGCAUGAAUGUGAAGUCAGUAAAAGCAUGAUUUGCUAGGACUCCAACAAAAUGUCCCAGUAUGUUUAGGGAAGGAACCCAAACCAAAUAAUAAUUCUGAUUCUGUUAAGCUAGUUAUAGAGGAUUGCAAGAGGCUCGGGUUCAUUACGAUGGGAACACAACAUGGAUCAGAGGUCCUGGUGUAGUUAAGACAGGAACUUGAAGUUACUGAGAGGCCCAGAAUCAUUAAAACCUGGACACAAAAUCUUCCGAGAUCCUGGUUUCAUUAGGGAGAAAAUACAGAGCUGGUACAUAUCUUGGUUUAACUAGAGUGAGAACACAAAUCUGUUGGAAGAACAUAGAUUUAAUAGAAUGAGAAGGCACUGGAGGGGAUACUCAAUAUCAUGACGAGUAGGAUAAGUUCAUGGUAAUGGACGAAAUCCCAGCUUAAAUGAAAUGGAAACUGAGACCAAGAAGAACGACCCCCUUUGCCAGGAUGGGAAUGUGUCACUGAACAAGAGGCCAUAGGUUCCACACAGCAGAAAUAUGGAGUCUGUGGGAGGCCCACCUGUAUGACCCCUGUGGGUUUAGCACUUAGUUAUGAUUAUAAUGUGGGAGGCUAAGUUGACCAGGAUGGGAACACUUUAGAUCGAGGGAGCAGAAAUAUGGAGCCACUAGGAAUUGAAGUCUUUCACUGGAUUAGGAUUCAGAGUUAGCAGCAAGAUUGUCUUUGCUUGAAUGUAAAUAGUACAGAGUCGGUAAAAACACCAGCAUUGCUGGGUGAAAAAAUGAAGCAGAUCAAGAAAUCGGAAAGCCGAGAACAUUGGUAAGAGUCUGGCUUAGCAAGGGUGGUGAUAAAAGAGAUGAAGAGAUUUGGAAGAAGCCUGGAACACUAGCAAGAAGCCUGGAACACUAGCAAGAAGCCUGGAAUGCUAGCAAGAAGCCAGGAACACUAGCAAGAAGCCAGCUUCAUUAGGACAGGAAGGAAUUGCAGCAAGAGAUCAAGAAGAAGUUAGGACCACUGGCAGAAAGCCAGCCACAGAACAGAACACACCAGGAAUAGAACACGAAACUGUCAGUGUUCACAAGAUCACAAUAAAACAUAUAUAAUAACAUUACAUAACACUAUGAUACAAGAAAGUUCUAAGCCCACUGAAUUUUAAUGCUGCAAAAAAUAUACAUUUGCAUACAUGUUGAAAAUUCAUGAUAAUUGAAUGUAAGAGGCGAGUGGAGUUAUCAGGGUUCAAACCACCUGCUUGGUCCUUGAGCAUUUCAGAGUAAUAAUGAAGGAAUAGUAUUUAAAUUAAUUGAGUAAUAAUCACCCUGGAAAUAUGUUUACUGAAGGAGGAGAUAUUUUAUACAUGAAAAUAAUCAGGUAUUAAAUGCGUAAUAAAUCUGUAAUAAGAGAUAAAA